AUGGUCUUCAAGAGCGCAAAAGUGCCCAGUGUCUUGCUCGGCGCCAGAUGGAUCAACAGAACGGGUUUGACAGCUCGCGAGCUCUUUUGGGCCCUUUGCAUGAUGAGCGGGUUACUCCUGUUUGCCCUUGGAGAUGGACUGGAGUCGGCGCGGUUUACAGUGCUGGGGAUUGUUUUCAUUGCCGUUAAUCUGGCGGGCAGCACGUUGACGGCAAACUUGCAGCAAAGCGUUUUGCAGCCAUCAGCGAGCGUGGCGACACCUGCACCUUCUGUGCGUGGUCUCAUGUUGGUACAGUAUGCGACAGCCUCAGUCGUGCUCUUCUUGCAGACAUCAGUCACUGGCGAGUGUUCGGAUGCCGUGCGAUGGUACCUUCGCAACCGAUCUGCUGCAUUCUACACGUGCCUGGACAAUGUGCUCACAUACUUGGGUCUAGAAGCCGUGAUGUGCAUUACACAGGAGUUUGAUGCCACGCGAGCGAACGUUGUGUGCUCUGGGAGGAAGGCGAUUACUUUCGUGUUUUCCUAUUUCUUCUUCCCCAAGCCCUUCAGCAUGUUGCACGUGUUCGGCCUUUUCUUGACUAUCCUGGGCGGCUGGAGCUUGCAACAAGCAAAGUGGCACGAGAAAAAGACGGCGGGACAAGGCCGGACACUCUCGGCACGAAGCGCUCGGCCAUACAGCCACUACCGUACCCUUAAGCUUAUUCGAUCAGCCUUGCUACAGCUCUUUGGAACCAACCUGGGGCAGAGAGCAUCAUGGCAAAUGAAAGCCAAGAAAAUCAGGAUGAUGGGUAUUGAUGCCCCGAGCUUUGGAAUUGCAGAAGCAGUUGCGACCUUCGAUUCAACGAUGCAAAGCACAGGAAGUCUUGGCCGCACAGAGGCCGAGAGGCCCGGCGCAGUCGAAGAUGAGCUGAGCAACGCCGCAUCAGUGGACAAGGUCCAAGAAGUCACCGAGCAAUUGGCAGAGUUUCUCGUGAAGUUUAGUUCCGAUGAGCAAUAUGCCAUCUUGACACCAUUCCUGUCCAUGCUGGACACCGGCGAUGAAUUCGUUGAGCCACACAUUGAUGAAGCUCGAAAAUUUAUCUGUCAUUACCUCGCCGUUUUCUCGCAGUGCGAGCGAGAUUUGAUCCUGGAGAAAUGGCGACCUGCGUUUGACACUGCAUCUUUGAAUUCGGCAACAGAGUCCCUGACGCCGUCGGUGACACCGCCUGGUUCUGUGACACCAACCGUUGUCACCCCUCGAGAGUUUCUCAGCGCACGGCGCGAGGUGAACGAGGUGUAUCACAGUCAUUCUCCAUGUGGCGAGGCAGAGAGAUCUUGA